UAGUUUAAAUCGGCAUGCUGUAGCAACACAUUCCGACGUUGGUAUUCCCAAGGUUAUUGCAUUGCAAAAAAAUUUUAAAGAAUUUGCACCAUGGGUAAAAGUUGAGCCAAUUAUUGAACUUUUCAGAAAAGAAAGUGCGCCUCAUCUUUUAUCAGGAAAUCCAGAUUACAUUGUUGAUGCCAUCGACAAUAUCGAUACAAAAAUUGAUCUUCUCAAGUAUUGCCAUGAUAAUAAAUUACCGAUUUUGAGUUCGAUGGGAGCUGGUGCUAAAGCCGAUCCAUCACGUGUUCAAAUGAGCGAUAUAGGCCAAACUAUCGAGGAUCCCCUUGCAAGAGUUGUUCGACGCCGUCUCAAAAAAUUGGGUGUCGAAUCGGGGAUAACCGUAGUAUAUUCUACCGAAAAACCUAAUAUAAAAUUGCUGCCGUUAGACGAAAGUCGUAUCCAAAGUGCCGGAGAAUAUGCUACAUUGCCUGAUUUCCGAUCAAGGAUUUUACCAGUAUUAGCAAUUUUUGGAAUGUCAAUCGCCACUUAUAUUAUUACUAGCAUUUCCGGGCAUCAUAUAGAACCGUUAGCUAAUAAAAGUCGCGAACCAUUAUAUAAUCGAAUGCAUCGCGAUUUACUGAAUAGAGAAAGAAGGAAAUAUGGCGUAAAUUCGGUACCUUUAGACGUUCACGAUAUUGGAUAUAUUUAUGAUGAGAUAUUUCGUAGCAAAAGCGUGGUGUCAGGAUCGUGGGAGAAACCAGCUCUUGUUAGGUGGAAAAAAACUCUUCCCUUAACAUAUCAGAAUUGUGUCGUGAUGACUAAAUCGGAAGCAGACAAGCACGAAAAUAUCGAUGACCCUGAAAUAUAUUAUCCACCGGAGGUUGUAAAAUUGGUUCAUGCCAGAUUUCAAGAAGAAAAAGAAAUAGCUUUAUUUCAUUAA